ACGUCCUUCCUCGUCGCAGGAGGCUCUGCAGCCUUCCCCACACGCGGCCCCGAACUCACAGUCUCCGCAGGAAGGGGCGGGACCUGCCGGCUGGCUUUGCUGGGGCCCCGCGUUGCCAUAGCGACCCCGGCCCGGCUUGGGACGCCGGAACGCGCGCUGCGGACGACGAUUGAGGUUGGAGGCUGCGGGCGGCGACUCCACCGCUCUCGGCCUAGGACCCCAGAUGCAGGAUCCGCCCCGCAGGAGAGCGCAGCACCCUCUGGCCCACAGAAGCAGCCAACAUGCCUAUCUCCAAGUGCCCGCCAAAGUCAGAGCCCCUGUGGAAGGCGUGGGACCAGAAGGCCCAGAAGAACGGACUGAGGCACCAGGUGUUCGCUGUCAAUGGUGAUCACUAUGUGGGCAAGUGGAAGGACAACAUGAAACACGGGAAAGGAACACAGGUCUGGAGGAAGAGCGGAGCCACCUAUGAGGGGGACUGGAAAUUUGGGAAGAGAGAUGGCUAUGGUACCCUCAGCCUUUCUGACCAAGAGACCGGAAAGUACAGGAGAGUCUACUCAGGCUGGUGGAAGGGCGAUAAGAAAUGUGGCUAUGGGAUCCAGUUUUUCGGACCCAAGGAGUAUUACGAGGGUGACUGGUGUGGCAACCAGCGCAGCGGAUGGGGCCGCAUGUACUACAGCAACGGAGACAUCUACGAGGGCCAGUGGUGCAACGACAAGCCAGAAGGGGAGGGCAUGUUACGCCUGAAGAACGGGAACCGCUACGAAGGCAACUGGCAGAGAGGCAUGAAGAAUGGGUCGGGGCGCUUCUUCCACCUGGACCAUGGUCAGCUGUUUGAAGGCCUCUGGGUUGACAACAUAGCCAAGUGUGGCACAAUGAUUGACUCUGGCCGUGAUGAGGCCCCCAAGCCCACCCGGUUCCCCAUUCCUGAGGUCAAAAUUCUAGAUCCUGACGGCGUGUUGGCGGAAGCUUUGGCCACGUUCAAGAAGACAGAGGAAGAAGGAGAUUGAUGCCAGCAGGUGGCCCGACCCACGGCAUGGUUCUCAGUCGGUACCUCUGAAGCCGGGAAGCUGAGCCUGGCUGCCUCUGGACACGUAACUAACCAGACACAGAGCCACUCAGUGCUAGGCCCAGCGCUGAGAGCUUUACACGGGUGCUCUCCCAUGACCCCUCAACAACCUAUGAGGUGUCCUGCUAUUAUUCAUGUCAUUUUAGAGGAGGAAACUGAGGUUCAGGGAGACUCGCAAGUCACCAAACUAGAAAGUGACUGUGCUUAAACUUAGGCCUGUCUGCUCUUAAGGUGAGAACGGUGGCAGUGCGUAUAGAAAACUACCAUUUUUUCAGAAAAGGUAGGAUGUGUACUUGUUUAUGUAUAAAAUCUCUAGAUGGGAACAAAAUAAACUGGCAACAAUGGUUGUCUCUGGGAAGAACUGGGAACCUGGGAACAGGGGAGGGACAGCAAUUUUUCACUGCUGUGUUUGGAACCUAUGAAUGUAUUAUCUAUUCAAAACAUAAAAUUGAAAUUAAAGACUGUGUUCUUAACUGCCCGUGUUUCCCUAAGUUGCCUGAGUCUGAGUACCUGAAGUGCUUAUGAAAAAAGAGAUUCCAAAGACACCCAGACCAACUUGA